AUGCCUCUCAGACUCGAAAUCAAGAGGAAACUUGCUCAAAGAUCGGAGAGAGUGAAAUCUGUAGAUCUGCAUCCUUCAGAGCCAUGGAUCCUAGUCAGUUUGUAUUCAGGAACUGUGUGUAUUUGGAACUAUCAGUCACAGACUAUGGCAAAGUCGUUUGAAGUGACUGAACUACCAGUUAGGUCAGCCAAGUUUAUACCAAGAAAACAAUGGGUUGUUGCUGGAGCAGACGAUAUGUUUAUUCGGGUGUACAAUUACAACACAAUGGAUAAGGUUAAAGUUUUUGAAGCACAUACAGAUUAUAUUAGGUGUGUGUCUGUGCAUCCUACCCUUCCUUAUGUCUUGUCAUCAUCUGAUGAUAUGCUCAUAAAACUAUGGGAUUGGGAGAAAGGCUGGGUGUGCACUCAGAUAUUUGAGGGGCAUUCACAUUAUGUAAUGCAAGUGACCUUUAACCCGAAAGACACUAACACAUUUGCAAGUGCAUCUCUUGAUCGAACCAUAAAGAUUUGGAAUCUUGGAUCUCCAGACCCAAAUUUUACUCUGGAUGCUCAUCAGAAAGGGGUAAAUUGUGUUGAUUACUUCACUGGUGGUGAUAAACCUUAUCUGAUCACUGGCUCUGAUGAUCAUACUGCUAAGGUGUGGGACUAUCAAACCAAGAGUUGCGUCCAGACACUGGACGGGCAUACACACAAUGUAUCUGCUGUAUGUUUUCACCCUGAACUGCCUAUAAUCAUCACAGGUUCUGAGGAUGGUACGGUCCGCAUAUGGCAUUCUACAACUUAUAGACUGGAGAACACAUUGAAUUACGGUCUUGAAAGAGUUUGGGCAAUUGGCUAUAUUAAAAGUUCACGAAGGAUUGUAAUUGGCUAUGACGAGGGAACCAUUAUGGUCAAAAUUGGCCGAGAAGAACCAGUGGCCAGUAUGGACAAUAGUGGAAAGAUCAUAUGGGCCAAGCACAAUGAGAUUCAGACUGUAAACAUUAAGAGUGUGGGCGCUGAUUUUGAGGUUACUGAUGGAGAGAGAUUACCUCUGGCAGUCAAGGAGUUGGGAACAUGUGAUCUUUAUCCACAAAGCCUAAAGCACAAUCCCAAUGGUAGAUUUGUUGUUGUUUGUGGAGAUGGUGAGUAUAUUAUAUAUACAGCUUUAGCAUGGAGAAAUAGAUCAUUUGGUUCUGCCUUGGAAUUUGUUUGGUCCGCGGAAGGUGAAUAUGCUGUGAGAGAAAGCACAUCAAAGAUUAAGAUCUUUAGUAAAAACUUCCAGGAAAGGAAAAGUGUGAGACCAACCUUUUCAGCUGAGCGAAUUUUUGGAGGCACUCUAUUGGCUAUGUGCGCAAAUGAUUUCAUCUGUUUUUAUGACUGGGCUGAAUGCAGGCUAAUUAGGAGAAUUGAUGUCACUGUUAAAAAUCUAUAUUGGGCUGACAAUGGCGAUCUAGUGACUAUUGCAAGUGACACAUCCUUUUACAUCCUCAAAUACAGUCGUGAUGUCGUUUCAUCUUAUCUUGAAGGUGGAAGAGGUGUAGACGAAGAAGGUGUUGAAGAAGCCUUUGAGCUUCUAUACGAAACAAACGAGCGUGUACGGACUGGACUGUGGGUGGGUGACUGUUUCAUUUACAAUAACUCUUCCUGGAGGCUCAAUUACUGUGUUGGGGGAGAGGUAACCACCAUGUACCAUUUGGACCGACCUAUGUACUUAUUAGGUUAUCUUGCUAGUCAAAGUCGGGUGUAUCUUAUUGAUAAAGAAUUCAACGUUAUAGGUUACACUUUACUUCUCAGCUUGAUUGAGUACAAGACUCUUGUGAUGCGCGGUGACUUAGAAAGGGCCAAUGAAAUCUUACCGUCAAUUCCUAAAGAGCAGUACAAUAGUGUUGCACGCUUUUUGGAGUCCCGAGGCAUGGUGGAAAAUGCUCUGGAUGUGGCCACUGAUCCCGAUUACAGGUUUGAGCUAGCCAUACAGCUCGGUAGAUUAGAGGUCGCACAGGAAAUCGCAUCAGAAGUCCAGAGUGAGUUGAAGUGGAAGCAGUUGGGAGAAUUGGCCAUGUCUAAUGGCAAGUUGGAAAUGGCUGAAGAGUGCAUGAGGCGGGCAAUGGACUUGAGUGGACUAUUGUUGCUCUAUUCUUCUCUAGGAGAUACAGACGGGAUUUCGAAACUUGCAGCUCUAGCAAAAGAACAGGGAAAGAAGAAUGUUGCUUUCUUGUGCUUGUUCAUGUUGGGUAAAUUGGAAGAGUGCCUGCAGCUAUUAGUGGAAAGUAAUCGGAUACCCGAAGCUGCUUUGAUGGCUCGCUCUUAUCUUCCGAGCAAGGUUUCAGAGAUUGUUGCUAUCUGGAGAAAAGACCUCAGCAAAGUCAAUUCAAAAGCUGCAGAGUCCUUGGCGGAUCCGGAGGAAUAUCCAAAUCUGUUCGAGGAUUGGCAAGUUGCAUUGUCUGUGGAAUCAAAAUUCGGUGACAUUCGGGGGAUUUAUGCUCCAGCAGAAGACUAUAUAACCCAUGUUGAUAAGCCUCACGUAACACUUGUGGAGGCUUUUAGAAACAUGCAUAUUGAUGAGCCUCUUGAAAACGGAGAGUAUGAGCACGAGGUUGAUGAAGAGCAGAUCGAGGAAGAACACAACACCACCACGGAGGAAGCAACUGGAGAAGGAAGUCAACAAGAAGAGGCAGUUGUGGUGGAUGCUGAUUCCACAGACGGUGGAGUACUUGUUAACGGAAACGAAGCCGAGGAACAGUGGGGUACGAAUAAUGAAGGAACCCCAUCCGCCUAA